GAUGGCGGUUCCUAAGGCGAAAGGCUAUCGUCCUAGAUGCUUUUUUGAUGUAGAAAUUAACGGCUCGCAAGUUGGCAGGGUUAUUUUUGAACUGUUUGCUGAUAUUUGCCCAAAAACUUGUGAUAAUUUUAGAGCAUUAUGUACAGGAGAAAAUGGGCUAAGCAAGGUUUCAGGAAAAACUUUGCAUUACAAAGGGUCGCCAUUUCACCGUGUUAUUAAGAAUUUUAUGGUCCAAGGAGGAGAUUUCACCAAAGGGAAUGGAACAGGAGGAGAAUCUAUUUAUGGAGGAAUGUUUAAUGAUGAAUCUUUUCAUGCUAAGCAUGAUAGGGCAAUGUUGCUAUCAAUGGCUAACAGGGGCCCUAAUACCAAUGGAUCACAAUUCUUCAUAACAACCCAACCCACUCCUCAUCUCGAUGGGAUCCAUGUGGUAUUUGGCCAUGUGCUUCAAGGACAGGACGUUGUAUCAGAAAUUGAGAAUCAAAAAGUUGAUGACAAAAGUCGUCCCUUAGUUGACGUCAAAAUCAGCAACUGUGGAGAGCUUAUUCCAAAAGCAAAGGCUAAAGCCAUGGCUAAAAAAGCUGAGAAGAAAAAGAAGAAAAAAAAGGAAGAGUCCAGCACAGCCACGGAGUCCAGUUCAGAGUCUGAUGCUGAUUCAGAGAGUGAGUCCUCUUCUGAUGAGAAAAGAAAGAAAAAGCGGUCAAAGAGGAAAAAGACAGAAAAGCGGAAAGAUUCUACCAAAAGAAAGGGGAAGAAAAAUAAGGCAAAGGACAAGAAAAUGAAGAAAAUGAAAGAUGGCUCAGAUAACGAGAAAUCACAGAAGAGCCCAGAGCCUUUUAGUACAGUAGCUGCUGAUGAGAUCCCAGAUGUCCCUAACAACUCGUUCCUGUUUAGAAGAAGCCGCACUCCCAGUCCUGUCAGAGAAAAGAGGAUUACAGAAGGGAAAGAAAGAAGAAGCAAGUCUCCUACAACAGAAAAAAUGUCCUUCCGCAAGAGCAGGGUUUCCCAGUCUGGAAGGAUUCUUCGAGGAAGAGGAAAUAUGCGAUAUCGCACUCCUCCACCCUCCAAUGAAUCUCAUAGUAGCGUGACACGAAUCACCCCACCACGCAAUCGUUUCCUUCAAAGGCGAUCAAGGUCUCCACCAAGACGUGCUAAAUCUCCACGCCGACGCUCAAGGUCUCCGCGAGGCCGAUCAAGAUCUCCACGUGGAAGAGUCAGUCAUCGCUCCAAUUCUCCUCGGUCUUCGCGAAGGAGAUUUAAGUCUCCACGAAGAAGGUCGAACUCUCCGCGACGAACCUCGAAAUCUCCACGAAGACACUCCGGAUCUCCCCAGACAGUGCAUGAGAUAAAGGCUCAGGCAGACCAGGAAUUGUCACCGAAAGAAAUAGCAAAACAAAAUAAUCACUCAUCUCCUGAUCAUACAAACCACAGUAGCUUAACAAGAACACAUCGGGAAAGAGAUGAAGGCAAAAAUGAUGACAGUGAAGAUAACGAGCCAGCAACCCGACGUAAGAAUAGCUUUAAAGAAAGAGAGAUUAAAGAACGUAGCGCUACUUCUCCUGACACUGACUCUCACAAACAAAUACAAAAACAAAAGAAAAGAGAGCAGAAUUCGAGCAGUAGUAGCGACAGCGAGGAACAACAAGAAGAUGAAAACGAUUUACGCUUUAGGAGAAAAGGGGCCAAUCUUGAUGAAAAAUCACACUCAAACAGCUCUAGACGAAAUUCAAGGAGUGCCACUCGUGAAUACGAAGAAGAUAGCAAAACAAACAGGUCUUUCGAUGGGAAAGAGUGGAGAGGUCACACAGGCGGAUCAAAUGCCGCCUAUAAACACGACGAAGACAAGAAAGAAUACGGAGAGACUACUAGAGAUUCCAUUCUUCACAACAAGCACCAAGAUGAGGAAGACAAAUCAGAUACAAACAGUGAUAGUUCACACAGUAGUGAUAGUGAUAGCGACGCUUCCGGUGAGAGAAACCGGAAGUCACGUCAUCGGCAUCAUCAUCGUCGGCAUCGUCAUCAUCGUGAAAGGAAUGCUUCUCCAUGAGAAAGCAAGGCUGGUUAGCUUUAUAACAGAGAUAACAUGUCCCAAAGGGAUAUUUCCUUAUCGCGUAAUACAACCUCCUCGAAGUCUUGAGGUAGCCGAAAGAAGGUGGAACUACCAAGUUGAUCGAUUCUUGCGUGGUUUUUAGUGUUGAAACAUAGAAAAGCAGGGAACAAGAAAUAGUUUUUUUAUUGCAGCAAUAAUUGUCUUUGUUAUUUGAGUGCCUGAUAUUAGUGGAAGGCUUCAGUUGGGUUUCCAAGAAAACCAGAAUUGUAUCAACAAGCAUACUGAAGUAAAAUGUUUGCUUUACCAUAAA